GAUAGUCUGCUGGAAGCCAUUCGUCUUCUCGAUGACUGUGCGAUUCCAGUGAUCCGAAACCUGACAGAUUUGAUCGACAACAUUUUGCCCAUUUUCCGGCAUCCAAUGAUCGCGAGUUUUCUUCGAAAGGACGAAAUUUCUGAGAAAAAAUUGAACGAAUACGCCCGUCACAUCGAUAACAUUCGACGUUAUUUCGACGUGGAGAUAAGCGACGAAGAUGUUCGACAUUAUUUGCACGUUUUAAUGUUCGACAGAAUGAUAUUUCGAUCGUUAGAGCGUAAAACCAAAGAUUCCGAAACGCUAGAAAGUAUAAAAGGUAUAAAGAAGAAAGAAGACUUGAACGAGACGAUGCGAAACGAAGCCUUCACCCUUUUACCGAAACGUAGCAAGUCUUUGCCGAGCCUAACCUCGAAGUUGACGCCGGAACUUCAUUUUCUCAGCGAUGGUAACAUCGAUUACGGGAAAAUCGUUCCAGAUAUCGUCGAGUGUUCGCCGCUGUUCGACCUGAUAGACCCUCGUGAAUUAUUAGUCCCUGGUUAUUUAGAAAAGAACGUGUUCAAGACAAGAGUAUUGGAUAGAGCUCGUCUCGAAGAUUUCAGCGACGUCGAACUAUUAUCGGAGGCAAUUUUUCUACAGUUUCUUUACGAGUGUCUCCUUGCGUUCGAUCACGUCGGUUUCCGAUACUUCGAACCUACCGACUCUCUGUUGCUGUGUUUCUGUAACAAGUGGAAAAUCAAUGGAGUAAGCACCGAAGAAAGAAUGUCUAGCAUUCGGACGCCGGUUCGACUUCGUGAUUUCUGCAAAUACGUAGUGCCCGAGGAGAAGGAUUGGCUACGCCGAGAGGAGGAGCUGUACAGAUUGCAGACGGCCAAGUCCAUGGAAAGAUUGAUGAGAAAGAGCGCCGAGAUAUACGAGGAGACGAUGCUGUUCCGUGACGAGGACUUCAUUCUCCCUGGGACACUAAAAGCAAAAGAUUCGGAAGCCAGCAGGGAUCUUGAUAGGCAAAAAAGUAGUUUAGAUGUCGUGAAACCUUCUCUCGUAGAUGUAUCGCCCCUUACUGCCAUAGAAGAAACGACGAACGGCGCAAAAAGGAGAAAGAAGAGCCCUAAGGAAGGCAAAAAGAGGAACGACAAAUCGUCCAGUCGAAGGAUCAGUUCGAAGAAGUCGAUCGUCGAUGAAAUCUCUCCAUUGAUUACUGGAAAAAUGUCACUGUCCCCGCCUGAUACCGAAAGGGAACCAGUUUAUGAUUUCGUAGGUUAUGAUCUUGAGAGACUACGCGUACAAGUGACAAAUCGCAAGAAAACGUUUUACUCGGCCGAUGAUACUUUGGUACAAGUGGAAGUAGACGAUUGGCUUUACAAGACCAAGAACUUACGAAUCACGGUUACUCUGCAUGGAUACAGUUUGCGAUUGUUUCAUAGAAUCGAUGAUCCUGAAACGAACGAGAUAUUCCACGUAACGAGUAGAAUCGGCAUUAUUCUUGCUUUCCAGAAGAUGCUGGCAUCGUCACAUGCGUCAAAAAAUCGUUUGCACACCUGGCGAGACACGAACGUCGAGCAAAGAAUCUCGUGGCCAACGGGAUUACUGAUAGAACCAAUCAUCGGUGACGGUCCGGAUAAUCCAUAUUACAUUAAACAGUCCUACAUACCAAAGGGAUACGCUAACCCCGAAGGUGAUCGUGAAAUUUGCAGAAGGUUUCUGAGAAAUGGCACUGUUCUAAAAUAUCUGGACGAUGGCAGAGUAACGGUUCUUCGUCCUAACGGAGUAAUCGUCAAUUGUAUAACUUUCGAGGAUCUUCAAGUCGAGAGAAACGAAAAUUACGAAAAGCAGGUCAACGCCCCAAAAAAUGGUUCAGAAUACGAUGCUGGAAAAUCUGUAAUUAGCGACAUUAAAGAUAGCGAAUCAAAAUUAUUUAAACUUGAGAAGAACUUAUAUGAAAGUAACUUUCGUCUCCGUAGAAGUUUGAAAAUAUCAAAGGAUGAUAAAUUAGAUCGGACUAUGUACAAACGGAUCUUACAAAAACGAAGCACUGGUACAGCAUCUUCGGGUCCAUUAAUUCAAGAGGAAGCUUUUGAAUUGAAUACGAAGUUAGGCAAUAAUAGAAGUUUUAAAGCACCUACUGGUUGGCUAAAACGAUUUGAAUUAAGAUAUGGAACACGUAAAGUCGACCUUAUUCAUUUAAAAAAUGGCAUUUACGUGUUGAACAAAGCAUGGGAAAAGUUAACAUGUAACAUAAUGACACACGUAGCUACGCUUAAACGAGCAUGGAACAGAUUGUGCAAUGGUGCAUAUGCUAAUAAAUGGUACAACCCGAGAGUCUUACUCUUUUGUAAGAAGGUUGAUUUAAAAAAUGGCAUUUACGUGUUGAGCAAAGCAUGGGAAAAGUUAACGUGUAACAUAAUGACACACGUAGCUACGCUUAAACGAGCAUGGAACAGAUUGUGCAAUGGUGCAUAUGCUAAUAAGUGGUUAAAUAUAGAUAAAAAUAAUCCAGAAUAUAAAAGACUCACGACGAUAUUAUUUUAUCCAGUAAAUGUUUAUAUAAAAGAAGGUAUGAUGGAACGUGGUAUUAACCCGUGCAGUAUUCUAACACACAGCGAAGCUGAAAAUGCGUUGAAUAUCGCAUUGCAACGAGCAAAACGUCGAAAAGAAAUGGAUACUCUUUGUGAAUUGAGACGAGCCUUGAAAAUGUAUCCGUAUUCCACUUUUAAAGGCGACAGACCGAAAGAGCCGAAGGUUCUAUCUAAAAUCAAGAGAAAGCCAAUGACUGGUUUCAAGUCUCCGUUGCUCGAAGCGGACGAGGUAGAUUCUGUGUCUGCACAGCAGAAUUUAACGAUGGAUCGUGACGACGUUCUGUCAACGAUGGACAACGCGGUCAGAGUGUCACGGUACACAGUGUUGAAUGACGACGGUGGGCUGUACGAGGUGCUGGACGACUUGAUCGUAAGUGAACAGCAUCGAUUACUCGUGAGAAUAGCGUCAGACUACGAGGUCGACGAGAAAUUCACGCGUCGUGCCGACGGUACCAACAUGUUGCUGAAUUCCAAUGGAGAAUUGAUCGUCAGAUAUCCAGACGGUACGCGUAUCACGACCGGCUACACUAUAGAAAAGGAGCCAGUGAUGUGUGACUGGACCGAGGAAGAAAUUCUCCUAUACUUCGUUCCUGAUGGAAUAAAGGAAGACGAGCAGCAGCACUACAUCGAUCGGCCGUUAUCGAAUCUGAAAUACGUCGAUGAAACUUCUUUGCCGAAAGUGAACGCGGAUUACGAGGAGGAAAUAAACGAGCUAUUGAUCAGCGACAGUUUCGUCUCCGUCCUGUUAACGUGUCGCAUGGAACACAAGAACUAUGCCACCGUGUUCUACGAUCAGUCAGCAGUUAACUGCACUUUAUCGAUGCCGGACGAUCUUCGAGUCAGCAUAUCGAGAAGAGGUCAUUACGAAGUUUCGAUGGCGGACGGAGUUAAUCUAAAGGAUUAUCAGGUGAAGCCAACGAAUUUCGAUAGGAGGGACAUAUUGCGCAGUACUUAUUCGAUUCCGUACGAUUGGCUAUUCCCAUUUGGAAGGAACGCUAAUGGUAUUUGGAAAAAUACCCAUGACCUGCCAUUAAUGGGCGACGUCGAAGCUUUGCCCGAAUUAUUGAGUAUUCGUAUUCUGCGUGGAUUCAAGGAACCAGGUGGAAAUGCAGUGAUCGAUCUCCAAAGAGCACUCGGGCGCUAUUGGAUGUCCGUUAGUGAAUUAAUGUCCUUUUUAUCAACCUAUUGCCAGAUGUUCCAAUUAAAUUUACCCGAUCGACCAGUCAGCCGCAUUCCACCACCAAAAUGCUCGGCUUUCGAGUAA